CACACACACACACACACACACGAAUAUACGUUUAUAGUCUCAUGAACAACGUCUUGUUUUCUUGGUCAAUUUUGGAAUUUUAGUAGGACCAGUGCAUCUGUUUUGCAUCUCUGGCCAAUUGCGCACAAAUUAUUGAAUUUCAAUUUCCCCUUUUGUUAAUGGAUUUGAUUUGUUUUAAGUUCAAUAUUUAUUCAAACCACAUAACGCUUAUCACCGACAAAACCUGGCCAAUUAUAAUACCCUACAGGCCUACACAAUUCGCCUCUUUUUAUUCUACAGAAAAUUAGAAAAAAAAAUUUUUUUCACUUGAAUUACAAUAAAUCUUCAUGACAAAAUGCAUUUCGUAUGCUUACCCAGACUAUGCUGCCGUGACUGGAAUUUGUAAUCACACUUAAUUCAUUCCUUCAAAGCUAUUCAGAUGUUGUACACGAUGAUAGCCAAAUUCCACUGUUGACCUAUAGGGACCUAUAUUUCGAGAUCUUUAUCUGAAAGAUUCAAAUGUCAUCUUUUCCAAUGUGCAAUAUCACCAAGACUAAACUUUUGCAAUACUGUCUUAUUAAAGGGAUAACAACUGUUCGUAUGAUAGGCCUAUCCAUAUUUUACAUUAAAUGCAGUGUAAACAAACAGGCCUACUUAUUGAAAUAUAAUAAAUUCUAUUUUACCACUGUAACGACAGUUGAUGCAAUUAUUCUAGAAUUUGUCCUUGCCUUCACCUCACGUGGCCUCCAUAGAAAGCUACACUCUGUAAUAAUCUCAUAAGAAAACAUUACAAAAACCAAAUAUUUCAGAAAAAAACAGGAACUAACUUUGUCGGAAUGGAUUCAUUAGCCAUUGGUAGGCUAAGUAUGGGGAAUUGUCCUUUACUCCAGGAAAAUCCACAUUUUGGCCAAAGUGAACAGUUGUUAUUCCCUUAAAAAUUGUACAAAAGAACUAGCUGUUUUUAAUUACUCGAGCAAAAUAGUCUUCAGCAUAGAUGUUCAUGUAGGCCUAGAUCUAUAUCAUAAUGUAUUUUUCAUCAGUUAAAAAUGGCGCCGUCGUCUGUUCUAAUGCUGUUGCUAUGCAACUACAUUGUACAUGCGUACUGGAGUCCUGCCGCCCAUGAGAUCAUAGACAUGACGUAUGCAGUGUCAGAGGACAGUUUAGUCUGGCCGGGGCGAGAGAGAGAUGGGUUUCGAUACAAACGUAUCUACAGGGGUCCAGUGGAUUUUGGAGCUGGGUGGCUUGAGGACAAUGACAUUUGCCGACCAGAACAUCAAAGCACCCACAUGGACGCGCCUGCGCACUUUGCUCGCGGAAAAUGGCACGUGCAAGACAUUCCACCUCAUAGGUUUUUCGGUACAGCGAUCAAAGUCGACAUAUCUGCCAAAGCAGACAUCAAUCCCAACUCCAACCUUGAGGUGGAAGAUCUGAUGAACUGGGAAAGGAUCAACGGCAAAAUACCAGACGGUGCCAUUUUGUUUGUUUUCACUGGUUGGGGAAAAUAUAUCAACAAUCGCACUGCAUUCUUUGGUUAUAACGGCACGGGUAAUGCAAGAGACAGUGACGGAAACUCCCGUCUUAAUUUCCCCGCAGUUGCUGAAAGCGCCGCCAAAUGGCUAGCAGAAAACAGGAGAAUCUCAGCCGUUGGAAUUGACAGUCCUUCGAUAGGGCCAAGUAAGACUGCUUUGGCGCAUCUUCCUCUAAGCAAAAACAACAUCUACAUGGCAGAAGUCGUGGCAAAUUUGGAUAAACUUCCACCCAAGGGGUAUUCAGUGGCCAUGCUGCCUGUUAAAAUAAAGGACGGCAGUGGUGGCCCCUUGCGGAUCAUUGCAUUCAAAACUGUCCAAAUUUCUCCCGACCCGGCUGACGUAAUUGACCUUACGUACCCCCUUGAUAACAACACGGUGACGUGGCCAGGUAGUGCUAGUUUUGAACUACUAGUGAGACGUAGAGGUUAUACCAGACUGGGCAACAAUACUGUAUGGCUCGAGUCCAACGACUUUUGUAGCCCGGAGCAUAUUGGGACUCAUCUGGAUGCGCCUGCGCACUUCAUCAAAGGUUCAUGGCGAAUCCAUCAGAUUCCGGCCCACACCCUCAUUGGUCCGGCCAUUCGAGUGGAUAUUUCCAAAAAAGCCGCAAACAACCCGGACGCCGUGUUGACUGUUAAAGACCUCCGUGAUUGGGAAUAUGAGAACGGUCGGAUACCGGACAAUGCCAUGGUAUUUUUGUACAGUGGAUGGGGGAAAUACGUGAACAAUUAUGAGAAGUACUUCGGAACUACUAACCGCACCCAUUGGAAAAAUGAUCAAGGACAGGCUCUCGUUCAUUUCCCCGGUUUCUCAGGAGAGGCAGCUGAGUGGUUGGUAAACAAUCGAAAAAUCAUCGGAGUCGGAACUGACGCACGUAGUGUUGAUGCAGGGCAGACGACAUCUCUCCCGGCCCACGUGGCUUUUCUCGGCGCCAAGCUUCUCGCGCUAGAGAGCGUGGCCAAUCUCGACAAGCUGCCACCAACCGGAUACACUGCAUUUGUCUUCCAUAUGGUUCAUGUUGACGGGAGUGGAGCGCCAACGAGGCUGGUUGCCGUGAAAAACUCGGCAAUAUCGCUCAAAUAUCAUAAUAUUGUCAAAAAGAUGUAUGCGAGAAAAUAUUCAAGAAAAUAUUCCAGAAGGUUUGGGUUUUAAGCUUGAUUCUGCCACAUUCGCUUUCGCCUAAUUAUAUGGAAACUGGCAGUGUCACAUAUUGACCUAAUCCUCGUUACGAAAGUGCUACUUCUUCAAUUCUGCUAACUGAUUAAGACCUCUAACAUACUUUUCAGUUGUAAAAUUGAUUUGUAUUUAUGACAUAUGUAUUACUAGAAGGAGACAGGUGUUGGGUUUUGCUUCAUUGACUUUAUAUCAUAUAUCGAAGAAACAUUUUACAAAUUAUAUAAAUUAACCAUUGGUUACAGGUGUUGGGUUUUACUACAUUGACUUCAUAUCAUAUACAUCUAUGAACAUCUGUAUAUCUAUGUUUUAGAAGUUGCAGCUUUUAUUUCUCCUUUACAUCAAUAUUACUCGGUUUAUUAUAGUGAAAUCAAGAUAUCUAAAUUAACCAUUGGUUCGAUGUUUCCGGACCCUACGCGGUGACAUUCAUUAGCUUAAUUUAACCUAGAGUUUUGCUCCAGUUGAAAGCAAUCUUGUUUUUUCAAAAUAAAUACGUAAACUAAAAACACACUGACAGUCUUACAAAAUAUUAAUAAAA